CGGCGGCACAUCAACUUGGCACGAGCAAACUUUGUUGAAGGAAGGAAAUAAGGACUAUACCGAAGUUGGAAGUACUUUGCGGGACCAACGCUCGGAUAUUACCUGGGAUUUAAUACACGCGGAGUAAAUGUUUAUGGAACAUGAACAUGUCCCUAACUUGAUGAUCGAGGAUUAUUAUUUCUGUGCGAAAUGCAGUGUGGUGUUCGGUGGCUCGUAGUUCCGAUUUUUGUGCUUCUUCUGUGUAGUGUUAAAGGUUUCCCAUCAUGCCACCCAAAUCCCUGUCAGCACGGAGCGACAUGCAUUGUAGAAAGUUCCCAGAACAGCUACUGCAAUUGCACAGAAGACUUCAUUGGCGAGUACUGCCAGGACCCGAACCCAUGCAGAGCUGAGUUGUGUGAAAACAAUGGAACAUGUGUUAUCGUACCCACCUUGAAACAAUACCCACAAGCAAAUUGUAUAUGUCCCAUCGGAUUCUAUGGAACUUUGUGUGAAUUCCGUGAUGAGAAGAGUGCUUGCUACAAAAACCCAUGUCUAAAUGGAGGGACCUGUCAGAAUGGAAAGAGUUUGGCCAUGUACAUCUGUAAAUGUAUGACAGGCUACAGAGGUCCACAAUGUGAAUAUAUAGACCACUGCGCCUCCAUGCCGUGUCGAAACAAUGGUGUGUGUACGUCAUCAACCAAUGGAUUUCUGUGCGAAUGCCCCACAGGAUACAUGGGGCGGACGUGUAUGGACGACGUCAAUGAAUGUGUGGAUAAUCCUAACCUCUGCAAAAAUGGCGGAAAUUGCAUCAAUAAACAUGGAAGUUAUGAAUGUAACUGCCCUCAGGAAUACACGGGUAAACACUGUAAGGACCGGUAUGUACCGUGUCACCCCUCGCCGUGUCAGAACGGAGGUACCUGUAUCAGUGACGGGGUUCUUAGCUACAGCUGCACCUGUCUCUCAGGUUUCCGUGGCAAGAAUUGUGAGAAGAACAUAGAUGACUGCAAACACAACCGCUGUGCAAAUGGUUCGACCUGCAUUGAUGGGAUUAAUACUUACACAUGCAAGUGUCCACCCACAUACAAAGGCCAAUUCUGUGAUAUUGACAUUGAUGAGUGUUUAGAACAGCCGACAAUUUGCCACAAUGGUGGGACGUGUAUCAACCAACCCGGCGGGUACAUGUGUAUCUGUGUUAACGGGUGGACUGGCAGCGACUGCAGCGAAAACAUCGACGACUGCGCUAGACAGCCAUGCUAUGAUGGUGGCACCUGUCACGAUCGCGUCGGCUACUUUUACUGCGAGUGUCGGAAAGGCAAAACGGGUCUGCGCUGUCACCUCCAGGAUGCAUGCGACAGCAGCCCCUGUCACCGUGACGCCCUCUGUCAGACCUCACCCAUCACGGGCGGACCCAUCUGUAGUUGUGCCAAGGGAUUCAUGGGCGACGACUGCUCGCGGGAUAUUGAUGAGUGUGUCGAGAGCACACUGUCACCAUGUGAACACCAAGGCACGUGUGUAAAUUCUCCCGGAAGCUACUACUGCGCAUGUCCCGACGGUUUUACCGGCCACUUCUGCGAGAAGAACAUCAACGAAUGUGCGUCCGAUCCAUGCUUCAAUGAGGGAACAUGUCUGGAUCUAAAUGGUGCUUACAGGUGUAUCUGUAUGCCAGGUUACAAUGGAACGAACUGCGAGUAUGACAUUGAUGAAUGUCUCAGCAAUCCUUGUUUGAAUGGUGGAGUGUGUCGGGACAAAAACAACAGAUACGAAUGCUCCUGUCCAAAUGGUUUUGAGGGUCCGACGUGCGCCAUAGAUAUUGAUGAGUGUGCCAGUAACCCGUGUUUAAACCACGGAGUCUGUCGGGAUAGGUUCAAUGGAUACGAGUGUUCAUGUGUUAAUGGCUAUGUUGGCCUGCACUGCGAGGAGAAUGUGGAUGACUGUCAAGGAGUGAACUGUCAUCAUGGAACCUGUAUCGAUGGUCUAGGCAAAUACUACUGUCAAUGUACGGCUGGCUACACCAGCACCUACUGCGAAAUAAAAAUCAACGAGUGUGCCAGUGACCCGUGUCAGUUCGGAGGGACCUGCUUUGAUCUCGAUAAUGGCUACGAGUGUCGAUGUCCAAUUGGAACAUCAGGUCGGAGUUGUGAGAACAAUGAUAACGAGUGUGCCAGCAACCCAUGUAGAAAUGGAGCCAAGUGCCUCGACCAGAUCAACAAAUAUCUCUGUCACUGCAAGCCCGGCUUUACAGGAGUGCACUGUGAAAUUGACAUUGAUGAAUGUGCGUCAAGUCCAUGUGCGAAUGGAGGGGAGUGUACGGACCUGGUGAAUGGAUUCCGCUGUCGAUGUCUGUUAGGCUACUAUGACAAGCAGUGUCUGUCCGACGUCAACGAGUGUGACAGCAGUCCGUGUGUUAACGGCGGAUCGUGCAUCGAUGGAGUUAACAAGUUCACUUGUGAGUGCCCGGCGGGAUAUGACGGGUUCAAAUGCGAGUACGACAAGAACGAAUGUUUGUCGAACCCGUGUCAGCAUGGCGGAACCUGCAUCGAUCGCCUCAACGACUUCGACUGUCGGUGCAUGCCUGGCUACACAGGAGCCCACUGUGAGAUAAACAUCAACGAGUGUGCCAGCAACCCGUGUGUCCACGGGAAGUGCAUUGACACGAUCAACAACUACAAGUGUCACUGCGAGCUGCCGUUCACGGGCAAGAACUGCGACGUGGAGAUGAACCCAUGCCUGCCCAGUCCCUGCAAGAACAGCGCGCAGUGCGUCCCCAGCAAAAACUACCAGAACUUCGAGUGUCGGUGUCCACCUGGGUACACAGGACGUUUGUGUAAUCACGACAUUAACGAAUGUGCGCUAAUGUCGCCAUGCCGUAAUGGUGGAACCUGUCAGAAUACCGAUGGCAGCUACCACUGUCGCUGUGUGAAGGGUUACGAGGGCAAACAGUGUGAAUCCAACCCCGAUAACUGCGAUCCCAAUCCAUGUUACAACGGCGGUACGUGUGUGGACGGUCUCGACACCUACACGUGUCUGUGUGUGAGCGGGUUUGGCGGAGACCGUUGUAAGAAUGACAUCGAUGAGUGUGCGUCGUACCCAUGUCAGAACAACGGCUACUGCACCGACUACGUCAACUCCUACACCUGUACCUGCCAGCCCGGCUUCAGCGGGGUGCACUGCCAGACCAACGACAACGACUGCACUGCCAGUUCUUGUCUGUAUGGCGGCACCUGCGUGGAUGAUAUCAACCACUUCAAGUGUAUCUGUGCCCCGGGAUACACCGGUUCGAACUGUCAGUGGCACAUCAACCCCUGCGACUCCAAUCCGUGUAUGACUGGAGCAACGUGUGUGAACAACGAGGGAGACUUCCACUGCAUCUGUCCGUAUGGAUCGACUGGACCACGCUGUGAGGACUUUGUUGACUGGUGUGGUCUGAACCCCUGCCAGAACAAUGGCGCCUGUGUACAGGUUGCCAACGCCUACAAGUGUUCGUGCGCUGUGGGAUGGACCGGAAUGCUCUGUGAUGUCAAGAUGGUUUCUUGUGAAGCUGCGGCGGCUCUUAAAGGUGUACCGCGCUCUCAGCUGUGCCAGCAUGGUGGUACGUGUCGCGACGUCGGCAACAGUCACAUGUGUGACUGCCGAGUCGGCUACGAGGGCAGCUACUGUGAACAUGACAUCGACGAGUGCGCAUCGCAGCCCUGCAAGAAUGGUGCCACCUGUCACAACCUUGUCGGGCGAUACCAGUGCACAUGCAUGACAGGAUUUCAAGGUCUGGACUGCCAGUACAACAUUGAUGACUGCCAAAACAAGCCGUGUGCCAAUGGAGGCACCUGCCAUGAUUUGGUUGGUGAUUUUCACUGCUCGUGCCCGCCGGGAACUCUGGGAUUUCUCUGUGAGAUGAACGAGAACGACUGCGCUGCAAAUCCAUGCCAUAAUGGAGGAACAUGUCGGGACAAGAUUGGAGGAUAUGAAUGUGUCUGUCAUCCUGGUUUUGUUGGCCCGCGGUGUGAGGGAGACGUCAAUGAGUGUCUAUCUAGCCCGUGUAACAGCCUUGGUACCCAGGACUGCGUACAGCUGGUUAACAACUACCGGUGUGACUGUAAGCAUGGCUGGAAAGGAAGCAAUUGUGAAACAUUGAUUCGGUGUGAAGAUGACCCUUGCCAAAAUGGAGGAAUAUGUACAACAACCAGUGAUGGCAGAGUCCAAUGCAAAUGCAAGAUGGACUACUAUGGUGAUUACUGUGAAUACAAGUCAUCUGACUGCGAUCUUGAACCCUGCCUGAACGGUGGGACGUGUCAGCCCCAGCGUAACGGUUUCCGGUGUAUCUGCCCCGCGGGCGCCACGGGGAUCAAGUGUGAGACUGAUUACGCCCAGGAGUGUGCUUCCUCACCCUGCAGGAAUGACGGAACCUGUCUGGACAGAAUCGGUUACUACGAGUGUCAGUGUCCAAGAUACUACACCGGUGUCCACUGCGAGGUGUAUGACGAACACGCGGUGGGGGGUAUCGGUCGACCCGUGUCGGUGGCACCACCUGACCAGUACGAUGACCAGCAGAUCCUCUGUAAACAGAAUGACUGCGAGGCAAAGGCGAACAAUGGACAGUGUGACGAAGAGUGCAACAUGUUUUCCUGUAACUACGACAACAAGGAAUGCUCGUAUGGACUGAAGCCGUGGCAGAACUGCACGGGCCUGCAGGGCGGGGUGUACUGCUGGAAGGUCUUCAAGAAUGGAAUCUGCGACCCACAGUGCAACAACCAGAACUGUCUGUACGACGGCUUCGAUUGCGAUGGCGAGAUGAAGCGGUGCAACACGUUCUACGAGAAGUACUGCCAGGAGCACUACGCCAACGGCUACUGCGACCAGGGCUGCAACUCGUCCGAGUGCGAGUGGGACGGCCUUGACUGCGACACUUCGCCACAGCAGCUGGCGCGCGGAACACUAAUCGUCAUCGUCCUCGUGGAGCCCGAGGAGUUCAAGGCCAAGGCCAACGAGUUUCUCCGACAGCUGGGACACCUGAUGCGGGCCGUGUUGAAGAUCAAGAAGGACGAAGAUGGCAAUGAGAUGAUUUACCCGUGGAAGCAGGAGGCGGACGACAAGAACUACCAGGGAAUCAUUCGCGUCAAGAGAUACCUGAGAAGAAUAUUCCGAAACGACAUCUUUGGUCGAGAAAAGAGAGCGACAGUGCUUACAGGAACUAAAGUCUACUUGGAGAUUGACAACCGAGCAUGCUACAGGUACAAACAAGGGCUUUGUUUCGACAAUACGGGAUCUGCUGCCCAGUUUUUCGCUGCGGCACUUCAGAGUGGAGCCAAGGUGAAUUUGCCAGUAAACUCCGUGAGCAGUACAAUGGGCGACAGUGGGGGGACCCCGACGCCGAUGACGCUGGUGUACAUCGUGGUGGGCUGUGGAGCAGUUCUCCUGUUGACUCUGGCCGUGAUCAUCGUCAUUUCGAGGCACACGGAGAGAGCAGUCACGUGGUUCCCCGAGGGUUUCUUCACCCGCAGCGACCAAACCAAACCCACCAGAAGUCGUAAGGGGCCAGAUGGAGAGGAAAUGAAUGACAUACAGAAGAGUUCUCAGCAAUGUCAUUUAGACAAAAUGGAUGCCAAUGAUAACCACGCUUCAACACCACCAAGCAAUGACCACUGGGAGGACGAUGAACCGCAGAGGAAACGACUGAAGACUGACCGUAAAGGCGACUGUGAUGCGCUGGUUGUCGACUUUGAGAAGGGAGACACUCGCCAGUGGACCCAGCAGCACCUGGAGGCAGCUAACGUGCCCAACCCGUGCUGCGCCCUGACCCCGCCUCAGGGGGAGGACCAGAUCGAUGCAAAGGAUGUGGACGUCAGAGGACCAGAUGGCUUCACACCUCUGAUGCUGGCGUCGUUCCGAGGAGGUGGUUUAGAUACAGGCUGUGAUGACGAGAGUGGAUCGGGGUCUGGGGAAGACGACCGUACCGCCGACAUCAACAGUCUUCUCAUGCAAGGAGCGGCCAUUAAUGCUCAGACCGACAGGACAGGAGAGACAUCACUCCAUCUGGCUGCGAGGUAUGCUCGGGCUGAUGCUGCCAAGACGCUGCUCGACGCUGGUGCCGACUGCAAUGCUCAGGACAGCACUGGUCGCACGCCACUCCACACCGCCGUUGCUGCCGAUGCGCAGGGAGCUUUUCAGAUUCUGCUGAGGAAUCGGUCAACGAAUCUGAACGCUCGCAUGCACGAUGGAACGACUCCUUUGAUUCUCGCAGCCAGGCUCGCCAUGGAAGGAAUGGUGGAGGAUCUUAUUAAUGCUGAUGCAGACAUUAAUGCCACAGAUAAUAAUGGAAAAACUACCCUGCACUGGGCAGCAGCAGUGAAUAAUGCUGACGCGGCCUUGACCUUGCUACAACACAAUGCUAACAGGGAUGCCCAGGACAGCAAGGAUGAAACGCCUCUGUUUCUGGCAGCCAAGGAAGGAAGCUUCGAAACGGCCAAGAUUCUUCUCGACCACUAUGCAAAUCGUGACAUCACUGACCACAUGGACCGUCUGCCGAGUCAGGUGGCCUACGAGAGACGCCACCAUGACAUCGUUCAGCUGCUGGAUGAAUACAAGAUCAACAGCCCGGCCAGCAUGCACCUGGCCAACGGGGGCAUCCCUUCGCCCACGGCCAUGUACAACAUGCAGCCCAUCAACGGCAAAAUGAAGGGCAAGCCGCGCAAGAACGCCAAGAAUAAUCACGUCUUGAAGGACCACGACCUCAACUCUCCGCUGGCUCGACUCAACGGACUGCCGCCUGGCCAGAAGUCGAAAGCCAGGAAGAAGAAGAACGCGAACCCGAACCCACACCCGCUGCCAAACAGCGAGUCAUCAUCGGCGGGGACGGUUUCUCCGGGAAACUCUCUGGAGUCGCAGUCGCCUCCGGGUUACGAUCUGACGCCACCCCACUAUGAAAACGCAGCCAUGGCUGUUCUGUCGCAGCCCGGUUACCCAGCAAUAGAUGAUGUGCCUUUGAUGCAGCAGCAGCAGCAAUCCCAAAGAACUCUGACUGACCUGUCGGUCAUGCACGCCCAGUAUAAUCCCAACCAGAGACUCGAUCACGAGUCGCUGGGUCUUCAGGAGUGGAUUGACUCUGCUCAGAAUCAUCAUCAACAACAACAGCAGCAGCAGCAGCUAACUAUGCAAAACUCGCCGCCCCACUCCCACAGUGGUGGUGGGAGCCCCAUGGGUCACGGGAUUCCGUCGCCCAUCAAGCCGAAGAACCUGCCGACUUCUCCGCGACACAUCCAGGCGAUGCAGCAACACGCACAGCAGAACCGGGUGCAGUCGAGUCCGAUGACGAGACACGAGUACUCACAGCAUCCGAACGACGUCGCGCACAUGGAGUCGAUCCCUGUGUCGACGAUACAGAGCAUGUACCCCAAGUACGUGGGCUCGACGCAGAUGCCGCCACACUACACAGCGGUGGUGAAUCUGGUUGACCAGUACCCCACCCCUCCCUCGCAGCACAGCCACCUGAGCUCCGACUCCCCCCCUCAACACACAAGAAACUUUCUUCCCGACCACUUUCCGACACCGUCGCCCGACUCCCCCGGUCAGUGGUCAAGCUCCUCCCCUCACUCUGCACAGUCAGACUGGUCAGAGGGAAUUUCGAGCCCUGUUCAGCCCAUCGGACAGAAUCGAAACAAACGGACUGCAGAGCCAGUGUAUAUAUAAGCAAUAUGUUGUUUUUCCAUUGUUCGAAACAAAGUGUCAUUGUUAACUUCAUUUCAUUAAAGUGGUGGGUUUUUUCAUGGAACGAAAACAAAAGUGGGAAACAAUUCUGUGGGUAAGCAUCAUCUGUUUGGAUUUCUCCCUGUGUGCUUCCCACUGUCCACUGUGGGGGAGAAAUAAUAAAAAAAUACUUCAGAAUAAGAAAAGAAAGGAAGAGGUUAUAUUCCACGGGUUUGUUGUGUGAAGACUUUAAAGUGUUACCAUGUUGGAUGAUUUCAGUUGGAACAUGAAAGGAAACGGACUAGUAGAUUGAUUGUUGGUGCUCAACAAUUUGGUGGGGUAAAAAACAAAACAAAAGCAAGUUCCUAAACAGUUUGCAGUAGUGUUAUAGUGGGCAAUAUUGUUCUGAAUUAUAUGAGAUUUCAUGACUAUACUGACGAGGCAGUUUUUAUGACAAAAAUUGCACAUUUCUGUCUGAAGGUCAGUUUGUGCUGCUGAGAAUAUUAACAGAUUAUGUCAAAACUCAUUUUCAGAAACCUUGUAUAAAGAUGUACCUGUAGUUUGAUUUUUGAAAGAAAAAUGGUAUAAUAAUUUGCAUUUGAAGUCAUUUAUAUUUGAAUUUUGAUGCAGAUUAUACGUUUUUAUUUUUUAUUAAGGGUCCAUUUUCAUCGAGUGAUAUUAUCAUGUGAACUGUUCACUUAGUUGUUCACAAUUUUUUUUUUUUUAAUUAUUGAACUUGAACAGGAGUGCCUCAGUGUUAAUAUGUAUACACUAUGGGCCAAAGGCUCACAGUGUUGACAUGUGUUUUUUUUUGUGGGUUUUUUUUGUCAGUGCAUUUUAGAAAUAUAAGCCUAGCUGGAAUACUGCCAUGAAUUCAGUAACUAUCCUGAUUUAUAAAUAUAUAUAUUAUGUUGUUAAUUCAGUCUUUUGAUCUCAGUCUCCAAGCAUCAUUUUUAAACAAUUUUUAAAAAAAUCUUAAGUACUUCACGGUGUUUAGGAACAAAUGUAACUUUUUGUCUGGAGACAAAUUUUAUAGCACUAUAUUUCAUUUGUCUGUUAACAGGGCUGGGACCACAGGACUGAAGAACAUUUUUUUAAUUAUUUUUUUUGGUUCUUUUCUUGAAACAAAUAUUUUUAUUGUGUACAUAUUUUAUAAGAAUUGAGAACACCAUCGUGCGUCAGUGUGAAUCAACACAUUUGUAUUUUUAUACACAUAGUUUUAAUAAUGUUACAAAGCCAUAUGCUAUUUUGCCAUUUUCAUACCUUUUAGCAUCGUGUACAAAGUCCCUGUUGAAGGGAUAUCCAUGUGGCUUUUUCGUUUCCUCCUCAUUGGCAAAGCUACUGUACUUUAAAAAGGAUGAUAUUCAUAAUCAUAUUUCAUUCGUUGGUUGACAAGUGGUUUUCUCCCCACUGAUACACGGUUCAUUAUCAGCAAAAGCAUUCAUUCUUUCAUUGACAAAUGUGGUAAUAUAUUUUAACAGAAUAUUUCAAAGGGCACAUUUAAACAAUUUGCAAUAUGUUGUUACCAGAAAUGAAAUUGCUUCAUUGUCUACUUUUAAUUCAUUUGAAAUGAUAUAUUCAUUAUAAAAUCAUUUAAUAGGAAGUUCAUUCUUAUUAAGAUGAUAUCUUGACACAAAUAAAUGAUUUAAAAGAAGAAGAAAAAAAGAGAGAAGAAAACGUAAUGUUUUCAGAUUCAAGGUCAGUUCUUUGGAAUAAUGAAAGUAAUUAAUUUAGCCACAAUCCUGUUUGAUAUUAAGCCAGUGUGUACAAAAUAAGUAAAUUGACUGUCAAUGGUCUGAUAUUUAAAAAUAACACAUUGCUGUCAAAAGCAAAAACAGUUUUUAUUAUAACAAAAAGGUCCUCUUGACAUCCAUAAUAUUCAUAAUGUAUUCAUUUCCCUAAUGCUGAAAAUACCAUCAUUAGAUUGUGUUGAGAUGAGACAGCAAUGUUUCACGUACUUUCAAGAUGAUGAACAUCUGAAAAGUCCAAACUAAGUGUGCAACUUGUCAACUGUUUAUAACUGUGUGUCCUUUUAAUGUUUUGGCUAUACAUUGGUGCAUGACAGUAUUUGAUCAUUCCUGGCGAUGUAUGAUUUGAUGGCAUUGCAAACUCUUUGAUCUCAUCAUACCUUAAUUAACACUGGUGCAUUAGUAUUAAAGGGAGACAACCAUUUGUCAUUUCACAAUUCCUAAGUGUCAUUCCGGCAGCAAGAUGAUUUUGUUUAAAUUCUUUUCAUUCCAUAUUUGUUGUAUUGAGAUGGACAUUGUUGGUUGAGAGCAUGGUCAAAUUACGAUAAUGGUUUCAUACACACAGAUUUGUACAUAAAUAGUGCUAUACUGAACAAAUUUUUUUAUUAUUAUUAUUAUUAGAUAAAAGAAAUUUAUUAAAAUUAUUAUUUCUUUUUAAAGAAUUUUUUUUUUUUUCAGAUGAGGACUUUAUCAAAGAAAUCAAAUAUAAAAUCUUGAAUUAAACUUUUAAUAAUUUUUAAAGUUUUGAAUUAUUGGGUAUGGUUAGGUAAUAACUAAUGUACAAGUGUGUGCUGCAUAAAUCAUGCAGAAUUACAAUUGCAAGGUACACAAAUUUGUAAAUUACUAUUUGUUCACUAGAAUGCAUUUCCCCUCACCUUGUUUCGUGUUAGACAUUUUUAUUUUGUUCAUAUGAUUUGUCGUUUGCUGUAGAACCAUUAUGUUAUUCAGUUAGGGUUUUAGUGGUAUAUACACACAUUACUUAAUUUAUUUUUUACAUAGGGCAUUUUGUUCAUCAUAUACAUGUCUGUAGAUAUAUUUUAUGUUAGAAGAUUAAAAAAAACCCUCCUCACACCUUAUUUCAUUUGACGUUUAGAACAGUAUGCUUAGUUUGCAAGAUAUUGAAAGGUUUUCUCAACCAAUGAUUUCCAGUUAACUUUUUGGUGGUACCGGUAUUCAUGAGACAAAUUAUGAGUCGUGUAAACAUUUGAAAAAGUUGAAUAUUUUGUAUUCAUCAGGACCCACAUCUAUAAAACUUUGAGAUCAGCCUAAAACUGGAUUGAAAUCUGCAUUGUAGAUGCAUGUAGAUACUUGAAAUAAGACCCUGUUCAAUGGAAACAUUAGUUUUAAUUAGUAUUUAAUUGAAUGUGACAAGUCUUGUGUGCAAUCAGUUUCAGUGAAUUUUUAUAAAACCACAUUAAAAUAUGAACUACAGGGUGUGUUUUCAUUCGGAUACGAAAACUGAUAUAUUCAUUUGUUAAACUAAACACAAGAACAUAAAACCCCAGCAACAACAGACUUAUAGUCCUUCCCAGUUGCCAUGAACAUUGGGGUUUUUUUUGUAAAUAAUUUCAGUUUGAUUUGACAUAAAAAGAAAAGUGUUUUGGAAAUAACAAAAAACCCACACUAUUUUUGGGUGCAAUUUUGAAAACAUUUGGCUCAGAAAUAAAUAACUUGUAGUAAAUACUAUAGUAGUAGAAUGAAGUUCCCUGAUGGGAAGGAUUAUGGAUAAAUAUUUUGGCACACAAGUAAAAAUUGUCAUUACUGUGACCAUAUUAAUUGUAUUUAAAAUGUAAUAUAUUUAAGUGAUAUACUAAGAUGAUCAUGUUUUCAACUUUUACAAAUGUUUACUUUAUGCUCUGUUCAGAUUUAGAUGUUGCUCUCUGUCAUAUUCGUAUGACAGAUGAAUAAAUGUUGUUAUUAUUUUUUUUUUGGGUCUAGUCUUAUCUUAGUUUUCAUUUUUGUGUGUUACAUCAGAUAUAAAAUGUACAUGUUGUACUUGAUAACACAAGUGCAUGAUUAACAGUUCAUUAAUGUAAUAUAUCCAAUAAUAAGAUGAAUUAUCCAUAUCGGCAUUAAUUCCUUUAAGACCAAAGAAAAUGGAUCAUAUUAUUUUUUGUUAAUGAACUUGACAUUUUGGUUUAUUAAAUACAUGUAUAAUUGAAAAUAUUUUUGUAUCAGUAGUCAACAUUUAAAUUCUUUUUAAAUCUUAAUAUAUAUAUUUUAAAUUUAAUAGUAACUAAAAUUCUAUAUGAAAGUUUUAUUAAAACAUAAAGUAGGGAUUAAUAUAGCCGUGAUAAAGAUGUAAUUGUUCAAGAAAUUGUUGCACUCUGGUAGAAAAUGUACAUUUGAUAUUUGGUGUUAUAUAUAUAUGUGUGUUUGUGCGAGUUUCUGUACAUAAAGAUAACACGUUUUGGCCACUCUUACAUAUUGCAGUUUUAUUUUUCAACAAAAUAAUCUUUAGGCCUGUUGGGUUGUGCUUCAGUGCAUGACCAGGUUAGCCAUAUAUUAUACUACUGUACAAUGCCAUAUUAUUGCUGUUGUGUUUGCAUUUAUCAUCUUACUGCAUUCAAAUUCAGUUCACAUACAGUUCUAUUUUACACCACUGUUACUUUUUCCGUUCAAUGAAUUUUUAAUAUUGCUAUUGUUUCACCCAUGCCAAACUGUUGGGAUCAAAUGCCUGUGAUCAAAAUUCUACAAUUAAAAUGUUAUUUGUUAUAAAAUGAAUUGUACUUAAGAAUAUGUUAUUUCAAAUGAAUAAAUGAGCAAAAAUCAACCCUAUUAAUGGGGAAAAAAGGGUAUAAAGUUUUCCUUAAAUUUGUAAAAAAAUUAAAUUUAAAAGACCACUUUUUGGUAUAUUUUUUAUUUUAAUGUAAAUUUUUAAAUUUUUAUGUAUUAAAAACAAAACGCACACCGUCUUUUAUGUAUUAAAAAUUUACAGUGCAUGUGGAAGACAUAAAAAAUCAAAUGCCAACAUAUACUGGUAGAAGACAAAAUUUAAGUUACAUAGUAUACAUGUAUCUUCAUUAGCUACUUCUGAAAAAAAACCCCAACCCACUGCAUUUAAUAUCAAACUUUUUAUAAAACAAAUAUUUACUAUUGAUACUGAUUAUCAGGUAUAUUAUUUUAAGACAUUUAUAGCCUCAAGAACACUUAUGUGAUAUAGAUGAUGAAACAUUGAUUUUGCUUUUAUUUCAUUGAUGCAUAUGAACAAUUUUUACAAAGGUACCACCAAAACAUGUUAUUUUCUUUACCGUCACACAUGUAAUUUGAAAUGUGUUGAUGGUUCUUUGUAGGAGUGUGUGCUAAGGGACAAUUCAACAAGAAGGUCUGAAGCAUAUUAUAAUUAUGUAUUGUUUUCACACACAUUUGUUAGGUUAACGAAAAGGUCAACAUUUACGCAUUUGCAUGUAUAUAUAAAAUAUAAAUGUCAUUUGUGAGCAUUGUUCAUAGUACAACAAUGUAGUGCAUUUUGUUCAUUGCUUCAAAGACAACUCGUUUCAUAUAUUUAUGAAAAUAAAACUCAUGUACAAAGUAA